UCUCCCCCUCCUCCUUCCUCCCCACUCCUCGCUAGUACACUACGCUCUACUCUCUCCACCCAAAAAAAAAAAAAAAACAAAAAAAACUCAGCAUUUUCAUUUUAAUCUUUGUUUGUGAAUUAUUCUUCUUAAAUUUCGAGCUCAUUUCAUAGCACUCGUUUCCAUUUUAACCAAUUAUUUUCAAAUUAUUAUUCUUUUUAGUUUCCAGGCAUUUUUAGCACAUUCUUUUGUUGUGUGUUUACUCACUUUCUAAUUUUUUUUACCCCCAAAUUCUCAUACUGAAAAAAAAAAAAAAAACCAAAAAAGAAAAGAAACGAGCAAAUUAAUUAAUUAAUUAAUUAAGAAAAAAGAGGGGGAGAAGAGAAUGGCGGAGAAACCUACCGCGAAACCGGCGCUGCAGAAGCCGCCGGGGUACCGCGACCCGGCGCUGCAGAAGCCGCCGGGGUACCGCGACCCGGCGCUGCCGCCGCCGCCGCAGCGGCGGCCCCCGGCGCAGCUCCACCCGGCGUUCCGCCACCCGGGGAAGCCGCUCCCCCGGCGCCGCCGCAGCGGCGGCGGCGGCGCACCCUCGCUCCGGCGCGCCCUCUGCUGCGCCCUCGCCGCCGCGCUCGCGCUCACCCUCGCCGCCGCCGCCGCCGCGGCGCUCGCCUACCUCUACUACCAGCCCCGCCUCCCCUCCUUCCUCCUCCUCUCCGUCCGACCCCACCGCGCCCGGAUCUCCCCCCGAUCCGACGGCGGGGACGCCGUCGACGCCGCCACCUCCGUGCGGCUCCUCGCGCGGAACCCUAACGGGAAGAUCGCGCUCGAGUACGGCCCCGGCGAGGCGGCCGUGGCGGCGGAGGACGAGGACGGGGACGUGGCGACCGGCGCUGGGCCAAGGGCCCGGUUCCGCAGCAAAUCGGUCCGGUUCAAGGUCGAGGUGCGAACCCGGGUCGGGAUUCUGGUGGGCGGUAAGGGCACCUGGAAGGUCCCCAUACGGGUCGAGUGCUCCCCCGUGAGCUUGAAGCGGGCCCAGGGAGACGGUGACCCGAUUCCCUGCCGCAUCUACUGGUUCAAAUGGAUAAAUCUGAAUUAAUAUGCUGCAGGCUCGCUAAAUUACACGGUUUGAAGAACUAAUGGAUUUUAAAAGGAUUUGCGCUUGGCUUUGCAAUAUAUAUUGUUUUCUUUUUUUUGGCUAGUAAGCCUAAUGCAUGUCCCAGCAUGAAGAUGAAGACAAGUAAUAUGAAGCGCAUGGCAAGCCCAACUCUGUUCAAUUAAUGUGUAAAUUAUCUAUUUAUGAAGCUGUCGAGACCGGCGCAAUCGCAUUUUACCCAUUGAUUACGAUAUUCUUUCUCUUGUAAAAAAGCUUGUGAUCUUCUUUAUUUGUUGAGACCAUAGUCUGAAUAAGGUGUUGUAUGUGGCUAGUAUGUUGAUAAUUUUAUGAGGAGGUUGUGUGUCAGCAAGAUUGUUAUCUUUAUAAAAAGGCAUGUUUCUAUCUAAGGCUAAUUUGUACUUGCACUGUAAGUUGAAGAUGUGAUAAAGCGAGAUGUUACUUAA